UUGAUGGUCCGGUCAGGGAGGACAUGAGGAGGGUCAUUAGGACGACCUUGAUGAGGAUCCAAAUGAGUGUUUGUCUUGGUGGAUGAUGAGUCAGAGGCAGCCUGGGAACUGUGAUUAUCGUUUUACUUUUGCAGUUUUGCAGUCAUGAGAGAAAAUGUCGCUGUGCCAUUUCUCCGCCAGCCGCGAUGACCUUAUUACUAGCCGAACUCUUCUUGAACAAACCCCGAUGGUAUGCCUCUUCGAUUUUCUCGUUCUUCUCAUUUUCCAAUAAAGUUGUGAAAAGUAAGAGUCCAGCGGCAUUCGCUCAUUGAACCUCGGGGAACCUUGAGCGCCUAAGGUGAGGCUUCACUUGAGGUAGACUCGGUUGUCCGGGGUGGGUGGAUGACACGCGCCUGUGAUUCAUUCACCGAGGAACGUGGUUUUGCGCUCGCGUCGUGAUUGGAGGAAGCUCCGAUAUCGAAUGUGUCAUGGUGGAUCUCCCAUGCCCCCCGGAGCUAACGCUAACGCGACCCCGGGUUCCGCUUCCAUCUUCCCCCGUGCUCUCGUUCUCUUGUUCAUGUGUUGCUCGUUCCUCUUCCUCCCAAUCUUUCCGCAUCUAUCAUCGUAUACCCGUCUCUACGUCUCCCAAUAUCCUUUAGACCUCUCCAUCUGACCCCCCUCCCGACACAUUGUUGGCUUGUGCUGGGAUUCAGGACCUCACGCUCUGUCAUCCCCAUUCUCCGAACGCCCUCCCUUCGACUCUUAUCAGCACGACCUCCAGGAACCCCCACCACGCCAUCGCCGCGCUUAUCGCCCUUAUCGGCAGCCCUGAACCCUACCUCGUUGCCCAUCUCGCUGCCUCUAUCUCUCUCCUCUCGACAGCCAUCCAAGGUCCGAUCUAGCCGCCAAACCACCCGACAUCACAUCGCAACCGAUUCCCGCCCAGCAUGGCAAUCUACGGCGCCGUCCCUCCUCCCGGAGACACCCACAACCCGACCGCCGAAGCGAACCCCGACGUCCCGCCCCAGUCCCAGACCCCGGUCGCCGCCCUCCUCGCCGCCCAGAGCGCGACGGCGGGCUCCGUUGACAUCGAGGCAUGGACCAUCUCUGCCCUCGAGUCCCUGAGUGUGAGCCCUGUUGCCCGCGGUACCGGCGCGCCGCUCGCCAUCAACCUUGAUGAGCAGGCCAAGGCUAAGGCCGCCGUCACCAUCGCCGCUGCCGCCGACGCCGAUGACGCGCUGCCGCCCGCACAGCAGACUCCUAUAAGAAGGCCCCUGAGCAGGAGGGACAGCCAGAAGAAGAGGGACGCGCUGCUGAAGGGCAACGAGGGCAGCCGGCAGCGUCGUCGCUGGGAAAACGACCGUCUCGUCGGCGUCCCCAACGUCCAACCCCCUCUCCCUAGCGACUGGGAAGUCCACCCGACCUACCCGGUCCAGGUCGUCCCCUAUCAGGUCGCCCAGUUCUGGGACACGGGACUCCGGCAACGCAUCGAGGACAAGACGUCCAAGCUGCAGGCCCAGCGCAAGCGGCAGCAGCGAAAGGACGGCUCCGCCACGGGCCUCGGCGUCGGCGAGGUGCCGCGCGACCUACGCGACACGGCCAAGCGCACGCCCGCCGUCCGCGGGUGGGUCCGCGUGCUCGAGGAGCCCGUCCGGGACUUCCUGCGCGACCGCCGCGACGACAGCGACGCCGAGGGCGACAGCGAGGACGAGGAGAUCGUCUUCGUCGGGCGCCGGGGCAUGGCCGCCGCGGGGAAGGGGUGGAAGAAGGCGCGCAGGGAGGUGGGCAGCGAAGAGGUCGACACGGGCAUGGUGUUUGACUCGCUGGGGGAUGACGAGAGCGCCUCGUUCAAGCGAUGGCUUACGCACUCCAUCUCGGACUACUACGGCCUCCAGUCCCACUCCGUCACGACGGGCGAGCCCGCCCGCAAGGUCGUCUACGUGACGGUGCGCGACACGAGCGGGCGUCCGGGGCCCAAGAAGCGCACGAACCUACCCCGGCCGUUGUGGGAGAUGUGCUGAUGAUGCCUGGCCGACCGACCGACCGACCGACCGAUUGUGAACCUCUCGCCCCUCACACGUACUUGUUCAACCACUUCGCCUUCCAACCUGUUUUUGUUCGUUUUUUCCAUUUUGGUUUUGUUUGUCAUAGACUUACCAGACUGCAACUGUCUUGGCUAGAUGGAUUGUGCAUCAAGGGGGGGAAAUCGCCCGAUAGAUGUGACCUCGACCUGACUUGAACUUAACCUCACUCAUGGGGGAAGAGCGCAUUAGACAUGGGGGUUUCUCUUUUUUUUCGAGGCUCGUUUUGUCCUCUUCUCCGAGCAACUUCUUGAAAGACUUCUUUUCCUUGGGUUCUUGA